AUGGAGGUCGCCUCGCCGCUGCGUCUAUGUCAUGCUACCUCCACAUCUCCACUCAGUGGCACUGAACCACUCAGCGGUGCCGAGCCACCAGAGUGGCGGGAACUGGCUGUGUCUGGCCGGCGUGUUCCCGGCCCCACCACGGCUCAGUCUCGGGUUGGAAGCCCCCCACGCCACAACUACUCCCGUAAAUCUAACUCAUCCUGUCCACUGAUCGCCCCCACGACAGUCAUCAUUGGAGACUCCAUCACCAGUGGCAUUCAUUUCUUUAACGCCACCACACUAUCCUUCCAUGGUGCCACAGCUGCCGACAUUGCUCAUAAGAUCCCCUCUCUCCUCCGUUCACUUCCCUCCUCCAUUAGCCGCAUCAUUGUGCAAGACGGCUGUAACGUCACAGCGCAUCAGCAGUCAGAACAGACAAAAUGUGAUUUUAAAAGGCUUCUUAACACCCUAAAAGACUGUGGCAAGUUGUUUUUUAUUAGUGGGCCGCUCCCGACGGUGACACAGAACUGCAAGCAUUUUAGUAGACUCCUUAGCCUGAACAGCUGGACCGACAUGCUUUCCAACACCCAAAAGGUUCAUUUUAUUGACAAUUUUAACAGUUUCUGGAACCGGCCUGAUUAUUUUAACAGUGAUGGCAUCCACCUGAACAGGUCUGGCAGAUCCAUUUUAGUUUCCAACAUCCAGUACAGUGUCCACACAAGCGUCCAGAUCGACUGA